AUUGUUUCAGACUUAGUUGUCACACUUUUUCUUUUUCAUUGAGGAAGUUGUCUUGUCUCAGUUUGAGCAGAAAGGACGCAAAGAUGAGCGGAACAUUGGAAAACGGUGAGAGCGCCACACAGAUUUCUAAAAAGGCCAAAAUUAGCGACCAUCUGGACGGCAUUCCCCCGGAGACUCUCAGUAAGCUGCAAAAGGAUCUGGACGGGUUCGAUCUGCCUCGGGAGAAGCUGCAGGUCAUCAUGUCUCUGCUGAAGAAGGACGUGAAUCGAGGUUUAGGGAAACACAGUCAUCACCGAGCGCCGGUGAAGAUGCUGCCGACGUUCGUCAGGGCAACGCCGGACGGGACGGAGAAAGGCGACUUCCUGGCGUUGGAUCUGGGAGGAACAAACUUCCGGGUGCUUCAUGUCCGAGUUUUGGAAGAGGAGCAGAAGAUGGUGAAGAUGGACAGUCAGAUCUGUGCCAUCCCGCAGGAGAUCAUGACGGGAACCGGAGAACAGCUGUUCGACCACAUCGCCGCCUGUCUCGCUGAAUUCCUCGACUCUCAGAACCUGAAGGGACACACUCUUCCUCUGGGCUUCACCUUCUCCUUCCCCUGCGAACAGAAAGAAAUAGACAAGAGCAUCCUGAUCCGCUGGACCAAAGGCUUCAACUGCUCCGGUGUUGAGGGAGAAGACGUGGUGAAGCUACUGAGAGAAGCCAUUCACAGGAGAGGAGACUAUGACAUCGGCUCUGUUGCCAUGGUGAACGACACCGUUGGCACGAUGAUGAGCUGCGGCUACAGGGACCAGAGCUGUGAGAUCGGCAUGAUCAUCGGUACGGGAACCAACGCCUGCUACAUGGAGGAGAUGAAGAACGUGAAGCGAGUGGAGGGCGAGGACGGGCGGAUGUGCAUCAACACGGAGUGGGGCGGCUUCGGAGACGACGGCUCCCUCAAACACAUCCUGACCGAGUUUGACGUUGAGGUCGACAAAACGUCCAUCAACCCCGGAGUCCACACGUUCGAGAAGAUGAUCAGCGGCAUGUAUUUGGGAGAAAUCGCUCGGCUGCUGCUGGUGAAGCUGACGAAGGACCAGCUGCUGUUUAAGGGGAAAACGUCGGAGGCGCUGCUGACACCGGGAAGCUUCGAGACCAGAUUCAUCUCUGAGAUCGAGGAGGAGGAGAGCGGUCUGAAAAACACCGAGACCAUUCUGACCCAGUUGGGUUUGACGUGGGAUUCGGUGGACGUCCGCGUGGUGCGUGUGGUCUGCGACACGAUCUCCUCGCGAUCUGCCCGCCUCUGCGCCGCCGCCCUGGCGACCCUCGUCAACCGUAUCCGUGUCAACCGUGGGAGGGGACACCUGAAGACCACUGUGGGCGUCGAUGGGACCGUUUACAGGAAACACCCGAA